AUGACGAAUCGCACACUCCCGAUGACGAAUAUUGAGAGCCUUCAGGCCAUCGCAAGGCAGCGGCUAAUUGAGUAUCCUAACACUGCAACGUACACCGCCUUGUUCCUGGGCUUUUGCUGGCUUCUGUCCUUAUGGUUCAGUAAUCCAAAACUGCGCGCGACGGUGCCUGAUGCUCAAGUCCACGGAUUUCGAUCAUGGUGGGAGCCGACUCUUCUGCUGCAAAUUCGCUUUGUGUGGAGCGCUGUGGACAUCAUCAAAAGCGGAUACAAGAAGUUCCAGGAUGCUCCGUUCGUGGUUCGUCGAUAUGAUGCCGAUAUUACAAUCAUGCCGUUCAAGUACUUGGAGGAAAUGCGCGCCAUUCCGAGAUCCAAGCUCAACUGUAAAAUGCCACAGAUCCAUAACCUAGUCCCAAAAUGGACCUGGGCAGAAUUUAUGUAUGAUUCGGAUUUGAUCGUCCGCGUCCUCAACGGCCAGCUUAACCGGAACUUGCCCAAAUAUGUCGAUAUCGCGCGAAGCGAGCUUGAAUAUGCAUGGGACAUAGAAAUUCCUCAAACCGACGAAUGGGCGGAGGUGGACAUCCAGCAAAUUUUUCGUCGGCUUGUCUCGCGUAUGUCAGCCAAGGUAUUCAUGGGUUAUCCUGCAUGCCGUGACCAGGACUGGAUCAAUCUCUCAAUCGGCUUUACACAUGACAUGUUCGUGGCCGCAUUCACUCUCCGCAUGUUCCCGCCAUGGACGCACCGCUAUAUUGCACCUCUAGUGCCUGCCCGGAGGCGGAUGUGGAAUCAAAUCAAAACUGCUGAACGAAUCGUUGGCAAUCUCGUCAAGAAGCGUGACGACGCCAGGAACCGUGGAGACGAAGUAGAGGACACGCUACUUGGCUGGAUGAUGGACAAUGGCAACGAAACGGAGACACGCCUAGGAGAAAUGGCAUUCCGCCAAUGUUUCUUGACCCUCGCCAGCAUCCAUACAACGUCUGUCAGCGUGAGCACUGUGCUAUUUGACCUGUGCGACCAUCCGGAGUGGUUUCCUGUGCUUCGUGAGGAGAUUGAACAGGUCACUGCCCAGUACGGGCCGAUCGGCGAACAUCCUGGCAUGACAUCGAGGCAGUGGAUUGCCAAGUUGAUGAAGAUGGACAGUUUCAUAAUCGAAAUGCAGAGAACCAACCCGCAGAUUCUCCUGAGACCUCAACGGGUAGCUAUGGUACCCCUGACUCUAAAGGACGGCACAACGAUUCCCCAGGGGGCUCGGGUGGCCUGGGCCGGCCACCACCACGCCAACGAUCCCUCCAUAUUGACCUCAGACCCAGAGGCGUUCGACCCCAUGCGGAGCUACCGCAAGCGUACGGCGUACGUUGACGAAGACGGCGAGAACCCCAACAAAUACACCGCGGUUGACCAGUCAGACAUGGAUACGCUCGCAUUUGGAUACGGCGGCCAGGCUUGUCCCGGGCGCUACUUCGCGAUCGGGGAGAUCAAGCUGGUGCUUUCGCGCAUGCUGGUCCAAUUCGACUUUGCGUACCCCAAAGGCAAAAGUCGUCCCAAGAGGAUGUACGCGGACGAGAACACAUUCAUCGACGCGCAUGCCACUCUCAUGAUGAGGAAAAGAAAGGUUUGA